AUGUUGAGAUGGAAAAAUAUACGAUUCUAUUGGUUCGGUCCAUUUCGUUAUAAAUUUUCCGAACAUCUUAUUAAUCAUUAUCAAAAAAAUGUUCCUAGAUAUUUGAUGAAAUCAAGUACAAGUACAGGUGAUUAUAAUAAAAUUGAUCAAAAUCAUAAGCGAUAUAUGUUUGGAUUAGAUGAAUUACUUGCAUUGACACUUUGUUUGAUACUUGGAAUACGAGGAAUUUAUGCUUUAAAAGAUCAAACUUAUUGGAACGAUCAUAAACGACAAAUGUAUUUUGGAAGUUUUUUUCGUUUAUCGAAUGCUCAUCCAUUUCAUAUCGAAAUAUUAUGCGUUGUUUGGGCAUUGAAUUGUAUCAACAUUCAAAUGACUUCGCUGUUUUUUCGUCUAAAACAUUUACAAUGGUUAAAUUUGGUGAUAGGACUUGAAGAGAAAAUUCCACCCGAAAGCAUUGGUCUAACAGCGACAGAAUUUAAUGGACUUAAAAAAAGAUCUAUGAUAAUGUCAUUUUUUAUUCGAAAUACAAUCAUCUGGUUAACAUCGAUAGCCUAUUUAUUUAUAACAUGGAAAUUUUUAACUAAUUAUUCUUUGUAUGAUUUUCUUAUUUAUGGCAUUAUAUGGGGAAUAUUCUAUGCAUUUACAACUACAUUAAUAACAUCAGCAAUCUAUUAUACUAAUUUCUACAUCUUUAUCAUAGCCGAUUUUAUUCGAAUCAAAUUUGCUCGUUUUCAAAACAUGCUAAGCAAAUUGGAACAAAUUAGACAAAGCAAUAACGGUAAAUUUGCAUUAGAAAUUCCUUCAUUGCAAGCAUUUCGCUAUUUGAAUCGUACGAUGUCUGAAUAUGAAUCAUUCAAUCAAUCAUGGAAAUGGAUCAUUUCAUUUGUAUUGUUAUGGCGAUUUAUCAUUAUAAAUAUAGUUACAUUUGUGGCUAUCUUCUACGAGAUGUCACCACAAUUUAAACUAAUUUAUCGUUCGGUAUUUUUUAGCGAAAAUUUUUCUUUUCUAUCGAUUAUGAUUCAAUGCAGUUAUAUUCAUCUAAUGAUGAAUCAAACUGGCAAACGUUUACGUCAAGUUCUAAUCAAACAUCGAAACCUGCAAUCGAUUCGAUUCCGGUUUAAGUCAAUAAGAUAUGUAAAACUACUUGUAGAACCAUAUCGAUUUGGACAACAAACUAUAUUAGGAAAUGUGAUUGAAUUGAAACAUAUGUUCAUUCUAAUUCGCGAAUUUUCCACGUAUUUCAUAUUGAUGGCUAGUAUCUCUUUUCGAUUUCAGUUAAUUUCAUUUUAAUAAUGAUCACGAGAAAUUUUUAAACUUUCAAAAUUGGUAAACCAUGGCAAAGAGGAAUAAAAGU